CUUCUGUUCCGUAAUAGUGCUUGCUUUGACUUUCGAUUUUUGCGGGCCGUCCAUUCUCCCUGCUUUUAAUACUAUACCGAUGCUUGGAAUUAAUUAAUUAUCCAAAGAUUUUACGUCCCCCUUCUCUUUCUUCACACAGUCGACUGACUAUCCGCGAGCAAAAGUGGAAAUGCCCCUCGGAAUCCAGCGGCUCAACGCGAAGCGGUCGCAGCCGAACGACCGCAUCGUCUUCAUCAAGCCGCUCAAGGGGCCGGACGAGAAGAUCGCACAGGACUUUCUGGAGAGGAUCGCAGCGCAAUGUCUACCUAUCAUGCGGGAGCAUCACCUCUCGGUCAUGUCGCUGGAGGAGUACGAGCCGAAUCGAGAGUUUGUCGGCCGAAACUUCAACGCGGGCGAGGUCAUCCAGCUUGUCCUCAAGACCCACAGUGGCCACUGGCUCCCUUUCAACUAUGUGCAGAUGGUCAUGAUGCAUGAGUUGGCCCAUUGCAAGCAGAUGAACCAUUCCCGAGCUUUCUGGGCAGUCAGGAACCAGUAUGCCGAGCAGAUGAGGUCCCUAUGGGCCCGUGGCUUCACCGGAGAGGGGCUCUGGGGCCGCGGAGCCCUUCUGUCUACUGGCGAAUUUGAAAGGAACACGGUUGCGCCGGGCGAACCACUCCCGGAACACCUCUGCGGCGGGACAUACCGGUCUCGAAGCCGGAAACGGAAGGCCAAGAAAGUGCUGUCUUACAAAGAGCAGAAAGAGCGACGGAUUCUCAAGAAGUUUGGCGCCGGUGGCGUGAAGCUAGGGGAAGAUGAAGAAGUGAAGAAGAAGCUAGAGAAGGGCAAGGCCAAAGCAGCCAAACCCCGGGUAGCUGGGAGCGCGAGGGGGAGAGAACUGCGGGCGGCUGCAGCAUUGGCCCGGUUUGAGCAGCAGAAGACGGAAGAGGUAAUGGAUGAAGCGGAUGAAGGAUCCGAGACUGAGAGCGGCGAUGAUUACGAAGACGACGACACCACUCCCGGAACCGAUGCGCUUGAUAUCGACGGAAAGAAGCUCCUGGACUCGAAGGGCCGGAGAAUGGUCAAGGUCUGUGAAGACGAGAAUCCCGAGGAUCAGGAUGCUCAGCAGGAGCUGCGAGAGUUGCAAAGUUUCGGGUCCAUGAAGCUUGUCCAGAAGCCAUCGAACUCGGCUCGUGGAGGAGAGAGUCCGAGCAAAUCUGUACCGAAGACCGCAGCAAACAAGGCGCAAGCGCCCGCGGGCCGAGAGUCGGCGAAGUCGGAGCCGCCAAUAUCCAUCGAUGGGUCGCCUGCCGAACCAAACCCCUUGGGUCCGAAAAACUGCCCGGUCUGUACGUUCGCCAAUGAGCCGCAAUCCGCGACUUGCGCCAUGUGCGCAAGCGUGCUUGAUCCAGACAGGAUAACGGACUCCUGGGCAUGUAAAAGCAGAACAUGUCAAGGCUCCAACUACCGAAAUGCUGGCGACUGCGGCGUCUGCGGAGUUUGCGGCGAGCGGAGGCCACCGCCCGAGUUCCCGUGAGUGAGCUGCAACGGGCCGUUCACCAACCUGAGGCCGGUUCAGGGGCCUGUCUCGAACCACACACUGCGAUUUUCUGUGCAGGAUUUGUGAUGGGAACUCUGCACCUGCCACGGAAAGGGACAUCAAAGCUCCCGAGGUUGAGCUCGGUACGUCAAAGGCGCUCGGUUUCCAAACAGUCCAAGUCAUCGAUUGCGGUGUAUGGGAUACAUUGACGAUCGACGCCUUGCCUUGGUUUGAACUCUGCAGUCUCCAACGAUCAGUCGAAGAACGGUUGGCUCUGCGCUGUCGAACGC